AAAAUAACACGCGUGUUGCGUAGCGGCGCGAGACGCUAUUACACGCGACGCCGCGGAGCGACCUCCGCGACGGCCGUAAUCCGCCGGCGGAAUCCGCGCCGGAGUCCGCGUGUGCCGUCACGUUGUACUUACGCGCCUGUUGUGUGUACACUUGUGCAUGGUGCCGCGUUUACAUUUUGUAAAAAUCGCCACCGUACAUUUCCCCGGGGAACCGCGGUGGUUCGUCGCCGGACCUGUGCGUGGCAGGAACGCCCGGAUCCGGAUAGUUAGUUAUUAUUUCCUCUCGUAGCGGUCGCGCGCGUUGACAUCGAAAAACAACGCGAAAUCAAAGCGGAGUCGUGCAGGGACGUGCCGAGAUAACGCGCGUCGCGCCGCGCUCGAUCCGCACCGCUGUGUUACGCCGUUUAUUCUUCCUCGUUUGUGUCAGGACGAGGCUCCUCCCGCGACGCGGACCGACACGGGGACAAUUAAUCGGGAUCGUCGAAUUCGCGUUGCGCGUGCGAUCGCGCGUCUCCGGCGUGUUUCUCUGUGAUAAUCACGCUACGUGAAAAAAUGUAAUGGGCUCGAUGCAAAUACGGUGAACGCGUGCAAACGUCACGACUGUGUCGCGCAUCACGUCGAGUUGUUUAUCUUGACGCGUGUUUCGCGCCGGGAUACUGUGCAUCUGGGGGAGAAAAAAAAAUAAACGAACAUUCUAUUCGGCGAGCGCACGAUCGCGCGCGCCUCGAAUUCUCGAUUCCUGACGAAAUCGCCGUUGGCGCCGAUAACAUGCGCCGUUAUUUACAAUCUAUCGGUCGUGUAUAACCUGUCGCUUCGUACGCGCUUCGUUAAAUCUCGCGUGAUAGCUGGCACGUUUUGGAAAUCUUCCAUCUGAUAAUCGUAUCUCGUGCGAUCGAUCUCGGUGAAACGGACGUGACAAUCAGUCAGCACGAGACAAAGAUUUUUGCCCUCUUACUUUGUUGCGGCUGUCGUGCGUCUGAAAAAACGAAAGAUAACAUUGUAUUAAGUUAUUAUUUCAACACGAUUGUUUAUUCUGAGUCAUCAAUUUUAUUGUGAUUGCUCCAUUAUAUAUUUCUUUGUGGCUUCUGUAUAAUGCGACUAUAUGGUAAAGUUGUAAAUGUUUCGGACAGCAAGUUAUUGAUAAAGAUUUGCGAAGCAAACCAUAUAAAAGUGGCGACGUUGUCAUGAAACUGUUAGAGUUGUCGUACCUAAAUGGAAGUAAUAAGGAACAGCAGUAGACAGUGUCAUUAAAGAUGGAUCACAUACAGGAGGUACGGCAGCUGGAGUUGCUAUGCAAGCAAUUGUAUGAGUCGCAAGAUUCGGCGCAUCGUGCUGAGGCGGAGAAGGCCCUCGUUGCUUUUCAAAAUGCACCAGAUACGCUUACUAAGUGCCAGCUUCUCUUGGACCGCGGGGACUCCGCUUAUGCUCAAUUACUGGCCGCCACCACUUUGACGAAACUGGUGUCGCGUUCGGCGCAGGGACAACUCACAACAACGCUCAGCUUACAGCAGAGGCUGGAUAUACGAAAUUAUGUACUCAACUACUUAGCAACGCAACCAAAGUUACCGAAUUUUGUGAUACAGGCUUUGGUUACACUUUUCGCUAGGAUAUCAAAGCUUGGAUGGUUCGAUUCCGACAAAGAGGAAUUUGUCUUCAGAAAUGUAGUCAGUGAUGUAGCCAAGUUUCUUCAGGGGUCAGUGGAGCAUUGUAUGAUAGGAGUGCAGUUGCUCUCUCAGUUGACAUGCGAAAUGAAUCAAAUCUCAGAAGCUGAUGCAAACAGAUCUCUGACAAAACAUAGAAGAAUAGCGAGUAGUUUUAGAGACACACAACUAUUUGAAAUAUUUAGGUUAUCGUGUACUUUACUGAGUACAGCCCGCGAAAAUUGCAAGAGUUUAAACUUCAAUGAUGAAGCACAGCAUGGUUUGAUAAGACAACUGUUGAAGCUCGCACAGAACUGCUUGACAUUCGACUUUAUUGGAACAUCAACUGACGAGAGCUCGGACGAUCUUAACACAGUACAAAUUCCGACAAGCUGGCGACCUGCAUUUUUGGACUUCACUUCGUUGAAAUUGUUUUUUGAUCUGUACCACAGUCUACCUAAUACGUUAUCGUGUUUAGCGUUAUCAUGUCUCGUUCAAAUUGCAUCCGUUAGAAGGAGCCUGUUCUCCAAUACCGAAAGGGCGAAAUUUCUGACGCACUUAGUCAAUGGUAUUAAGCAUAUACUACAAAAUCCUCAAGGUCUUAGUGAUCCAGGAAACUAUCACGAGUUUUGUAGAUUAUUGUCUCGACUGAAGAGCAAUUUCCAACUUGGCGAGUUGGUCCUGGUGGAGGAUUAUCCCGAAGCAAUACAGCUGAUCGCGAAGUUCACCGUGCAGAGCUUGCAAAUGUGGCAAUUUGCGCCCAAUAGUUUGCACUAUCUCUUGACCCUUUGGCAGAGAAUGGUUUCUUCUAUGCCGUAUGUGAAGGCGGGCGAUCCACACUUAUUGAAUACGUACACGCCGGAAGUGACGAAUGCGUAUAUCACGUCCAGACUCGAGUCAGUGGCAGUGGUGGUCAGAGAGCGUCUCGAGGAUCCAUUGGAUGAUUUGGGUGUGGUGCAUCAUCAGUUGGAACAGAUAUCUGUCAUAGGUAGAUGCGAAUAUCAAAAGACAUGCACACUAUUAGUCCAAUUGUUCGAUCAAGCAGCACGAACGUAUCAAGAACUGAUGGCGCAGACAGUGUCUCCGUCGCAACAAAUUGAUAUCACGGUUCAGGAAGGACAGCUCACCUGGCUCGUGUAUAUCAUCGGUGGUGUUAUCGGCGGAAGGGUCGCGUUCAACAGCAACGAGGAUUUUGACGCCAUGGACGGUGAGUUGGUGUGCAGGGUUCUUCAAUUAAUGAAUUUGACCGAUUCAAGGCUCGCGCAGGGUGGCUGUGAGAAAUUGGAACUAGCGAUGCUGAGCUUCUUCGAACAAUUUCGGAAGAUUUACGUGGGCGAUCAGGUUCAAAAGAAUUCUAAAGUAUAUAGGAGACUGUCCGACGUGUUGGGUCUCAAUGACGAAGCCAUGGUACUCAGCAUUUUUAUCCGGAAGAUAAUAACGAAUUUGAAGUAUUGGGGCAGGAGCGAGCAAAUAAUUUCUAAGACGCUACAGCUUUUGAAUGAUUUAUCCGUGGGUUAUAGCUGUGUUCGUAAACUCGUUAAAUUAGAAGAAGUACAAUUCAUGCUCAACAAUCACACGCGAGAACACUUUCCAUUUUUGGGAAACAAUGUUGCUGUGUCAGAAAUGCGCUGUAGAUCAAUGUUUUACACGUCUCUUGGUAGAUUGUUGAUGGUAGAUCUAGGCGAGGACGAGGAGAGAUUCUAUACCUUCAUGUUACCUCUCACAAGUGCAUUGGAAAGCCUCGGCCAGCUGAUGGGCGCUGCGGAUACACCACUCUUCGCAGCGGAGGAAGCGAAGAAAGCGCUAAUUGGUUUAGCACGAGAUCUGCGAGGCUUGGCUUAUGCGUUCAACACCAAGACAUCCUACAUGAUGCUUUUUGAUUGGAUAUAUCCUAAUUACACGCCGAUUUUGUUACACGCUGUGGAGCUGUGGCAUCACGAACCGCAAGUGACAACGCCCGUCCUAAAACUAUUCUCUGAGUUAGUACAAAAUAGGAGUCAACGGUUACAGUUCGACGCGUCGUCUCCAAACGGGAUUCUGUUGUUCCGCGAGGCCAGCAAAAUAAUUUGUAGCUACGGCAAUCACAUAUUGAACGUCGAAGUACCGAAGGAUCAGAUUUAUCCGUUGAAACUCAAAGGAAUAAGUAUAUGCUUUAGUAUGUUGAAGGCAGCCUUGUGUGGGAGUUACGUGAACUUUGGAGUGUUUAGGCUAUACGGCGACGAGGCGUUGGAUAAUGCGCUCAACACUUUUGUCAAAUUGCUCCUUAGUAUUCCACAAAGUGACCUAUUGCAUUAUCCGAAACUGUCGGCGACAUAUUAUUUGCUACUCGAAUGUCUGGCGCAAGAUCACAUGGUUUUUUUAUCCACCUUGGAGCCGAGAGUUUUUCUCUACAUCCUCUCCAGCAUCAGCGAAGGCCUCACAGCACUAGCUGUGACAUGUGUGAUUUCAGAUACUAUGGUUUGUACUGGUUGUUGUGCAACUCUUGACCACAUUGUGACGUAUCUGUUCAAGCAACUUUAUCAGAAAGGAUAUCCGGGAAGAAAGAACGCAGUCGUUCCCGGAGGGGGAGAGUUAUUUUUACAAGUUUUGAAACAGCAUCCUGAAAUACUUCAACAAAUCCUAAGUACUGUUUUAAAUGUGAUAAUGUUUGAGGAUUGUAGGAAUCAAUGGAGCAUGUCUCGCCCUUUAUUAGGUCUUAUAUUGUUGAAUGAAGAAUAUUUUAAUCAAUUAAGGGAAAAUAUUAUUAGAAGUCAGCCAGUUGACAAGCAAGCAGCCAUGGCGCAGUGGUUUGAAAAUUUAAUGAAUGGGAUUGAAAGAAAUUUACUCACAAAAAAUAGAGAUAGGUUUACACAAAAUUUAUCAAUGUUUAGAAGAGACAUAAAUGACGCCCUAAAAGGACCUAAUGUAUCAAAUUCAGUCAGUGACAUGAUGACAUCGUAGUGAUACUGCUCUCUCUGAAUUAGAUUCUUCUAGGUUCUUGCCUGCCAAAUGCUUGAAUGUGUGUGCGAGUGAAAACUCUAAAUUAAUGGUGAAAUUAAGAUACUAUGGCUUUAGAUGAGUAUAAAGAUAAUAAAUUAAAUACUACUGUUUUA